AUAAUUAUUAGUGGGCAAAAGUUAAUAAUUUGACAAAAAUCCCUCUUCCUCAUAGAUUCAAGCGCAUACUCUCUUUUGACCAAUCUAGGGUUUCUGGUUACUUCUAGCUUCUCUUAAACCUGUCUCACUUGUCAGCAGCCUCUUCCUCUUCCGCUGUCGCCAAAGAUUGAGUUCUGUCUUCACCGGAUAGUUAAGACGCCAAAAUUGCGGAAGAGAUAACUUUAUUCUGAAAAAAAUGGAGACGAAGAAUGACAAGUCUAAUGAUGCUACAAGGGCCGAGGAGAUGAAAAAUCAGGCCAACGACGCUUUUAAAGAUCACAAAUACUCCCAUGCUAUUGAUCUAUAUACACAGGCUAUUGAACUCAAUGGCAAUAACGCUGUGUAUUGGGCAAACCGUGCAUUUGCUCACACAAAACUGGAGGAAUAUGGCAGUGCAAUACAGGAUGCAUCAAAAGCCAUUGAAAUUGAUUCAAAAUACUCUAAGGGCUAUUACAGGCGGGGUGCUGCGUAUCUUGCCAUGGGAAAAUUUAAGGAUGCUUUGAAGGAUUUCCAACAGGUGAAAAGGAUUUCUCCUAAUGACCCAGAUGCUACAAGAAAGCUAAGAGAAUGUGAAAAAGCAGUGAUGAAACUGAAAUUUGAAGAAGCAAUCUCUGUACCUGCUUCUGAAAGGCGCUCAGUGGCUGAGUCCGUGGACUUCCACACAAUAGGGAACAAACCCAGAUCAUCGCCCAUGCCCACCAAAACGGCUUUAGCAGCAGUUGUUGCAGCAGUAAUGGUGGUGGCUGUCCGGGGAUUUGCCACAACUGAGAUACUCAUGGUGUUGGUUUCGGUGGUAUUAGGGACAUAUUGGUGGGGUAGCUUCAGUGGUAAGGUUGAGCCACAAUAUUCUGGUGCUAGAAUUGAGGGAGAGGAAAUUACCUUGGAUUUUGUGAUACAGAUGAUGGAGGAUUUCAAGAACCAAAAAACAUUGCAUAAACGGUAUGCAUAUCAAAUCGUCUUACAAACAAGGAAAAUCUUGCUAGCACUUCCUUCUCUUGUUGAUAUUAAUGUACCUAAUGGCAAGCAUUUUACGGUCUGUGGUGAUGUUCAUGGUCAGUUCUAUGACCUCAUGAAUAUCUUUGAGCUUAAUGGUGUUCCGUCUGAGGAGAAUCCUUAUCUUUUCAAUGGCGACUUUGUGGACAGAGGCUCUUUCUCUGUUGAAAUCAUCCUCACAUUGUUUGCUUUCAAGUGCAUGUGUCCAUCAUCCAUAUAUCUAGCGAGAGGAAAUCAUGAAAGCAAGAGUAUGAACAAAAUAUAUGGCUUUGAGGGUGAGGUUCGAUCCAAGCUGAGUGAAAAAUUCGUGGAUCUCUUUGCUGAAGUUUUCUGCUACCUACCGCUGGCUCAUGUUAUCAAUGGGAAGGUGUUUGUGGUGCAUGGAGGUCUCUUCAGUGUUGAUGGCGUGAAACUAUCCGAUAUCAAAGCCAUUGACCGGUUCUGUGAGCCUCCCGAAGAAGGAUUGAUGUGUGAACUGUUGUGGAGUGAUCCUCAACCUAUCCCUGGAAGAGGCCCAAGCAAGCGAGGAGUUGGUCUAUCAUUUGGUGGAGAUGUUACGAAGAGAUUUUUGGAAGACAACAACCUAGAUUUGGUAGUCCGAUCACAUGAAGUCAAAGAUGAAGGUUAUGAAGUUGAUCAUGAUGGUAAACUCAUCACUGUGUUCUCUGCACCAAAUUACUGUGAUCAGAUGGGUAACAAGGGAGCUUUCAUUCGCUUUGAAGCUCCAGAUAUGAAGCCAAACAUUGUUACAUUUUCAGCAGUGCCUCACCCGGAUGUGAAGCCAAUGGCAUAUGCAAACAAUUUUCUAAGGAUGUUCAACUAACUAAGCAAAAAGCUUCUUCAACUCAAAUGCUAGUCUAAAGACUCAAAGACCAAAUGUGUUUUCAGAAACAUAAUGAUAUAAAUUUUUUUUUACCCUUGUCUUAUGCAGUUUUUCAUGUUGUUCCAAAAAAAGGGAACGAUAGUAUAGUAUCCGGAUUUAAUCGGUUUUCUUCAUUUUGAUAAAGAUGUUACCUCUUCCUCUAAAGCUGAUCCAGUAACUUUUGUCUAUUUUGUCUUAUGUUGUGAGACGGGUAAUGAAUCAUUCUUAUUUUUA